AUGACAAACGAAGUCGCGAUCAUCGGCGCCGGGCUGUCCGGUCUAACUCUUGCCCUGGCCUUGCACCAACAAGGAAUCAAGGCAACAGUGUAUGAAUCGCGAGCUUCACCUUUGAACAUUGGCGGCGCUGUCAUGCUAUCACCAAAUGCACUGAAGGUUCUUGAUGCUCUUGACUUGUACCAGCAAGUACAAUCGAGAGGCUACAACUUCGAAUCUCUCGAAUUUUUGAAAUCCGGUGGAGAGUUGAUCGAGACCUAUGAAUUUGGUAGCAAUGCAAAAUAUGGCUACCAAGCGAAUCGUAUCUAUCGACAUGAACUGAUUGACAGUAUUCUUUCGGACGUCCUCGCCAAAGGAAUAUCGGUCGUGUUCAAUCGCAAGUAUCUCCGCGUCGUUGAAGAAACCAACGAUCAUGUUAUCUGGGAAUCUACCGACGGCCAGAAAUCGGAAGCCAUGCUUCUUAUUGGCGCAGAUGGGAUUCAUUCAUCUGUACGGAAACAUAUUUAUCCAGAGAUUGAACCCAAGUUUACCGGAAUGGCUGGAAUUACUGCUGCAGUUCCAGCGACUCAAGUCGUCUACCCUGGUGGCAAGAUCGACAAGCCAUUGACCUUUAUCUCAAAGGACAAGGGCGCUUUUGUCAUCGCGCCGCAGAAGGCUGACGCAUCUGAAAUGUUUUUCGGAAAGCAGAGACCCAUCGAAGAGCAGACCCGUGAAGGCUGGGAAAAGUUCUUUGCAGACAAGGAAUCCUUGGUCAAGUUCCUCCAAACCGAUGCCGAAGUUUUUGGCGAGGUUGCCAUCAGUGCAACAAAAUCGAUUCCCCAUGACAAGAUCAACGUUUGGCCAUUUUACGUCAUUCCACCACUGCAAACAUGGGCGUCCGACAAAAGAAGAGUCCUUAUCUUGGGUGACGCUGCGCAUGCAAUCCCGCCCAGUGCUGGGCAAGGAAUAAACCAAGCUUUUGAAGAUGUAUACAUGUUUGCCCUACUACUCGCGGAAGCAAAGAGGGGCAAGGUGAAGCUCGAGGAAGCGCUAGGUACAUGGCAAUCGUACCGACAGGAUCGGAUCGGCAAGGUCUUGGAGUUGAACAAGCAGAUCGAUUUGAGGAGGAUGCCGGCUCCCCCUAUUGGGUCACAGCCUCAACAUGAGGUUCCCAAGCAAGAAUUUGAUCUGAGCUGGCUGUACGAGCCAGAUUUCAAGGCAGAAGUAGAAACGUGGGUGACCAUGAUGAACAACUGA